UCCGCGCCCGCUACUCAGCUUGCAGCGUCCGCUGCCCGCCGCUGUCCGCCGCAUCGCCGGCGCGUCUUCUGCCUCCACGGACCGGCCCGGCUUCGCUCCGGGCACAGCCGCAGGGGUGGAUACUCCGCCGAUAGACCCGUCGCACGCGAGGUCCGCUGCAUACUACGGCUCCAAGAUCGCGGGGCACCGAGGCAUGUUCUGCUAUCAUUGCCCGCCGUCGCUGCAUCCUUCAAGCGCACCACGGCUGCCAACCUUAGAUUACCCCUUCACGCCGACGCAUCCCUACACGAGCUACUCCUACCACCCCGCCAUCCACGAUGAUACGUUCGUCCGCCGCAAGCAGCGACGCAACAGGACCACCUUCACCUUGCAACAGCUGGAGGAACUGGAGAGCGCGUUUGCGCAGACGCACUAUCCGGACGUCUUCACCCGCGAGGACCUCGCCAUGAAGAUCAAUCUCACGGAGGCCCGAGUGCAGGUGUGGUUCCAGAACCGGCGCGCCAAGUGGAGGAAGGCGGAGCGCCUCAAGGAGGAGCAGCGCAAGCGAGAGGAGCAGGAGAGGGGCAAGAGGGACCCCGACAAGGACGCCCUCGACGUCGACAAGGUGGAGUCUCGUGAGGGAGCGAGCCCUGUAGAGGACAUGGAGGCUGCAUCGACGUCUGCGCCAGUGGUGCACGCGGAGACGAGCCGGUCGCCGCUGAGCUGCAGCGACGCUGGAGACGCCGACGUCGGCGCGCCGGGCGCUCCCGGCUCCGCGUCCGCUUCCGCCCCCGCGCCGGCGCAGCAGACGGAGGCGCCGCCCCCGCUGCCUCCCCUGCUGGCGGAGGCGUCAGCGGCGGGGGCGGCGGCGGGUACAGAGGCCAACUCGCUGCCCGCGUCCUACAGUCCCAGCGUGUCGGCGCCCUCUUCGCCGGGGGCGGGCUCCGCCUCCGGGGGUUCUGGCCGCCCCCCGUCGCCAGCGCUGCCCCCGGGGCUGCAGGAGCACUCUGCCGCCGCCGCAGCCGCGGCCGCCGCCGCCGCCUCCCUACGGCCCGCAGUGCUGCCCGCCUUCGGACACCACCUGUUCCCGGGCUUCUCGGACGCGGGCGGCUUCCGGCCCGUUCUGGACUCGGGACCUUCGCGAGGAGCGCCUCCUCUGUUCUUCCCGCCGCACUUGACGUCACAUCUCAGCUCACAGUUCACGCCACCGCUCUUCCCGGGACUCAAAGCAUUCCCCGGGCUGUGCUCGUGCUGCCCCAUGAAGCCGAUGGGACUCCUGCAGCCGCAGCAGCCGGGCGCGUCGUCACCAGUGGGGGGCGGCGGUGCGUCCUCUGGAGGCGGAGGAGGCGGCGGAGGCGGCGGCGGCGGCGACCAGCGCUCGUCGAGCGUGGCGGAGCUGCGGCGCAAGGCACAGGAGCACUCGGCCGCGCUGCUGCAGUCGCUGGCCUCUUUCCAAGCCGCCUCCGGGCUGCCCGUCGGCUUCGGCCUGCACCACCUGGCGCCGCCGCCCGUGCCGCCGCCGCCGCCGCCCGCCCCCGCGCCGCCGCCCCCGGCGUCGCGUCGCUCCGAGUCGCCUGCCGCCCCCGGCAGCCCGCUGUCCGUGCCGCCGGCCGGCUCCGAUCGGGCGACCCCCUGAAACUGAGGCGCCUACUGGGCUGCCUCCUGAACACUGAGUGACGACAUUCGGGCUCCGCUGCGUCGCUACAUCGACUCUACAGUGCUCGUCUCCACCAGAUCGGGUCCGCACAAUUGCGGCUGCCCUAACGAGUGUGCUGGUUCUAUCUACCACGUGUCCUUCAAACAAGUGCUCAGAUGCCAUUUCUCUGGUGUUUCCAGUUCUGUUAAUUCAUUGCAAAUAAAAGCUUCUCGUGGGGUGUUUCAUGCCGACAUCGACCUAUCAAGUUAUCGGCGUUACUGUGUAUACUCACAAAUAAAUAGACCUGUACUUAUACUAGCCUUUCAUGUAUUUUGUCAAGGGUAUACUGUUCCAGAAAUAAAUUAAAAACACUUCCCGUCCUCCAUUUCUGACCAAGGUUAUUGCGAGGUUUCCCUUUCUUGCUCGUAAUGCGUACGCUGGAACUUCAACACCCCCCCCCCCCCCCUCCCGAAACCAUCAAGAGUUUGUUUCUGAGAGAGGUCUCUCUCUUCUGCCCCUCUCUCCACGCCCUCACUCACUCACUCACUCACAAACACACACACACACACACACACACACACACACACAACACACACACACACUUAUUAAACUUUCAAUCACCACCACGGUCAAUAAGCCACAGAUAUAUAGGAUUUAAUGAUGCUAACAAUAAAACAAAUCGUUUUACUAUCACCAUAAUGAUUAUAUCAAUGUUUUACCCAUGAUGCCCCGCUACCAACUUGCUUGGUAUUUAGCUCAAAAGUGACUGAUUCUGCAGUGGGUAGUUAUUGGAAUGGCGCCUUCUACCUGGGGGUAAAAAAUUAAAAAUGUCGACACAAGAGUGGCGAUUCCAUUACAAACAAAACAUGUCUUCGGUCAUGGUGGAGGCGAUAGUGGCAGUUGAAAUGCUUUAGAAAAUAGUUUCUUUCUCCUCUACAACCACAUAUGGUAUCAACAAUACUCUUCAAAUCAACAAGAUAGACAACCACGAAAUAAGUUCGAACUCAACAGUGAAGCGAUGCAGUCUACGUCAAAAAUGACAUUGAUUUCAUUCCAUAAGAAGGAUGCACUUGUUCUCGCCCAAAAUCUUCCAGAAAAAUCACAUAUGUACGUGAAUGUAUAUGUGAAUGAGAGGCGUCGAGUAAUUUCCACAUAUACUAGUGUAUUUAAACAAAAUUUAAAAGUUACUGCAUAAGUAUUUCAGACUAGAUAACCUAACAAAUAACACUAAAAUUUUGAAAUUACCGUAUUUUAUGUUACACAUGAAAAUAAUUACGUUAAAGUAGUACGGCUGUAUGUCAAGCGUUAAAAAUUAAAUUUUCAAAAUAAAUUAGGGCGCACUUUCAACUUAUAAACAUAUGUCCGCUAUUUUCUUGCGUGACAGGGUAUGGCCGACAUCCGUACUUUUUUUAAUCGUAAGUACCGGACAGUAACAAAUUUUUAAACAUAUGCAUAAAAAGAAAUUUUAUUUUUCUCAAUACACAGAACAAUCUGCAACACAGUUCUUAAAUAUCAUGUCUCUGUGAUUCAGUGCGGUACAGCGUAGCAGACUUACUCACUCUUUGCUGGACUUCCGGAAAUAUUCGUUGCGUUUUACUGUACUACCCACAUUUUCCUCUCUUCAUUUUAUUUUAGGAAAGAGUUUUUAGUUCCUUGGUUCUCCAUAAGUUGGAAAGCUCGUGUUCUUGUCUACGAAGUUAUCCUCGAGUUAAAAAUCAUGACAAGGUAAAAGUUUGCUCAGUUGAUUGUGCACAUAAAAAUAUACGUCUGACAACAUUUUGUCUUCAGGGAGAAACAGCGUUUUCUGUUGACAUUGGAAUUACAUGAAACAUCCUGUGAAUGGCCUGUAUCUGCUAUGAUUUCACCCACACAUCGCAAAAAUAUGACUCAAAAUAUAUUAAUACCAGAUAAAGCGAACCUGAUUAUUCUUUGGAGAUAGAACCAGUACACUUGUAUUACUUGUCAUGGAACCACUGUGUAUUUUCAUUCAAACGAAGAUAAAUACAAGACCCUGUGAUAGCGCAGCAGAAUUGUUAAUACAUAACUAUUAGAAAUGUGAUAAAUGUUAGACAAGGAAAAGUUUUUGUGCAUACCGUACGAUUCCAUAAGGACAAACUUUCAGACAGGCGAAGCUCUCUAAAAACUGUAGAUGUUCUUACACAACUGACUGGAACCAUUUAGAUUUAAAUGAAAUGCCUGCUAUAGACGUCUUGGAAGUGCCUGCUUCACAGUGAUACAUAUAUAGUACGAAUUGUCAAAUUAUGAUAGCCUUCUUAGUUAUUGCUAAUUCGUAAUUUGCCUUCCUUUCGAGUGUGACACACAUAACCCAAUAUCAUGUGAUAAAUCUUACACAGCAUGGCCCUAAUGUUAACUGUUCCGACAUCCUAUCAGUGUUUCGUUCAAUGUGACUGUACCAUUCAUACAUGUCUUGUAUGAUCAAUUCAAAUCACUUUCAUUAACCACUGCAAACUCUAAUAGUCGUUCCUUAGAUGCAUAACUCAGUGCAAAGAGACAACAUCGAAACCUAGCUAGAAAUUUUGUGUCCCCAUCUACCUAAUCAGUUGUAACGUAUUCAAAAUGCGUUUAUAGUUAAAUCCCAGAAAACACUGAUUCGCUUCUCACAGGAUCGUGUCAUUAUGCCUCAGGGAAUGGUCAACUUAAAUUUCGUGUGAUACCAUCAACAGGUUUCUGGUAUGUUACGCUGACAAGACAUGCAAAAGUCUAAUGUUUAAAGCCUGUUGAUUUUUGAAUUUGUUUUACUAACAAUUUUAUUUUAUAAAUUACAGUAGAUAACUGCAUUUAAAAAGUCACAACAACAACAAAGAGUUCUUACAGCUGGACCAAGCAAAGUGUGUGUAUAACGAUGAGGUAAGAGUUGUGUAGUACCAUACCACGGCGAUGUUUUUGUGUUCUCUGGAGAAUUGGAAAACAAAUCAUUAAAUAUGGCCAUUUAUAUUUUGUGUUAUUUUUCCUCUCAGAGAAGGAAUGCAGAAAAUUAUUAUUAUUAUUAUUAUUAUUAUUAUUACUAUUAUUAGUGCCGUAUUCAUCACGCGUUCAAAUUACAAAUCAGCAGAAUUAAGAUUAUAGACACCUUGAACAUCUUACACGCCAGUAGCUCAAAAAUGGACCGUUUCCUCACUGACACUUAAUUGCGUUGUAAUUGAAAACCCUCUUCAUACAGCAGUGCUGUUGCCUGUUAAGGGCAGUUAAAUAAUACAUGUCAUGUCACAUUGUUGCAUUAAAUUUCUUGAAUCUUUAUCCUACCUACUGGAAACUAUUUUUACUGGCAAAUAAAGUGCUAC